AUGCAUGAGUGCGUGAAUGAAGUUGAACGCGGCCAUAUAAUGAGUAUGUACGAUCUCUUUCUCAGUGGCGGCUCAGCAGCGCGUGCAUUUGUGUGUACACGAUGGAGUCCACGCAGAACCUGA